AUGGCAUCAGUGCAUGCUAAUGUGACAUCACUUGUUUGCAAGAAUGGCAACCAUGCUUCUCAAUCGAAAUUCCCAAGUUCUACGUUCUUGCCCGGGUUUGAUGUUGUUGGACGUGUUUCAAAUGCAUGGAAGAAGGAACUUGUUCCAUCUUCCAUGGCCUUGGUACCUAGAGCCACAUUAACAUUUGAUCCUCCAACUACCAAUUCAGACAAAGCCAAACAAAAGCACACUGUUGACCCUGCUUCUCCUGAUUUUCUUCCGCUUCCUUCUUUUGAACAGUGCUUUCCAAAAAGCACUAAAGAACACAGGGAAGUCGUUCAUGAAGAAACUGGUCAUGUGCUCAAAGUUCCCUUUCGCAGAAUUCACCUGUCUGGGGAUGAAGGACACUUUGAUACCUACGACACUAGUGGUCCCCAAAAUAUAAGCCCUAGGAUAGGACUCCCAAAAUUGCGCAGAGAGUGGGUUGAUAGGAGGCAGAAAAUAGGUCCACCAAGAUUCACUCAGAUGUACUAUGCUAAGCAGGGAAUCAUCACUGAGGAGAUGCUUUAUUGUGCUGCUCGUGAGAAGCUUGACCCAGAGUUUGUGAGGUCAGAAGUUGCUCGAGGACGGGCUAUCAUUCCUUCCAACAAAAAACACUUGGAGUUAGAGCCCAUGAUUGUUGGAAGAAACUUUUUGGUGAAAGUAAAUGCCAACAUUGGAAAUUCUGCAGUUGCAAGCUCUAUAGAAGAGGAAGUUUACAAGGUUCAAUGGGCAACGAUGUGGGGAGCUGAUACAGUCAUGGAUCUCUCAACUGGUCGCCAUAUCCAUGAAACUCGAGAGUGGAUCUUACGCAACUCCUCUGUACCUGUUGGGACUGUACCUAUUUAUCAAGCACUUGAAAAAGUUAACGGAAUUGCUGAAAAUCUUACCUGGGAGGUUUUCAGGGACACCCUGAUUGAACAAGCUGAACAGGGUGUGGAUUACUUCACCAUCCAUGCAGGAGUUCUUCUGAGAUAUAUUCCAUUGACAGCAAAACGCAUGACAGGAAUUGUCUCCAGAGGAGGAUCUAUCCAUGCAAAGUGGUGCUUAGCUUAUCACAAAGAGAAUUUUGCUUAUGAGCAUUGGGAUGACAUACUUGACAUCUGCAAUCAGUAUGAUGUGGCCCUAUCCAUUGGUGAUGGGCUAAGACCUGGAUCCAUCUAUGAUGCAAAUGACACAGCUCAAUUUGCUGAACUCUUGACACAAGGAGAAUUGACCCGUAGAGCAUGGGAAAAGGAUGUGCAGGUGAUGAAUGAAGGACCUGGACAUAUCCCAAUGCACAAGAUUCCUGAAAACAUGCAGAAGCAGUUAGAAUGGUGUAAUGAAGCACCUUUUUACACUCUUGGUCCUUUAACAACCGACAUUGCCCCUGGCUAUGACCACAUUACCUCUGCAAUCGGUGCUGCAAAUAUUGGGGCACUUGGUACAGCUCUUCUCUGUUAUGUGACCCCAAAAGAACACCUUGGGUUGCCAAACCGGGAUGAUGUUAAGGCUGGAGUUAUAGCUUACAAGAUAGCAGCUCAUGCAGCUGAUUUAGCCAAAGGUCAUCCACAUGCUCAAGCUUGGGAUGAUGCAUUAAGUAAGGCAAGAUUUGAAUUUCGGUGGAUGGACCAGUUUGCUUUGUCAUUGGAUCCAAUGACGGCCAUGUCCUUCCAUGAUGAAACCUUGCCAUCAGAUGGUGCGAAAGUGGCUCAUUUCUGCUCAAUGUGUGGCCCUAAAUUCUGCUCUAUGAAGAUAACAGAAGACGUGAGAAAGUAUGCUGAGAAAUAUGGCUAUGGAACUGCUGAGGAAGCUUUGCAGCGUGGGAUGGAUGCUAUGAGUGCUGAAUUCCAAGCUGCCAAGAAAACUAUCAGUGGGGAGCAACAUGGUGAAGCUGGUGGAGAGAUUUACUUGCCAGAAGAUUACGUAAACUCCAAGGAGAGAUCUACAACAUCUUCAUCACACCUGUGUCCUGGGCUGGUGCUGUUGCGUAGUGAGCUACAAGCUCAUUGGCACCAUGACUACAUAAAUGGAGUAAAUAAUUUGGAAGAACUUGGAGCUAGCUUCCCAACUGGCAUAUCAGGGUGGGAAUGGAUUUUCAAGUACUCUGGCUUUCAAGCUAGGAUGCUACCAGAUCAGGCUGAGACAGUCCCUUUGAACCUGAUCAGGGUGAUGCCUGCGCAGGGAGCGUGCAUUUUUCUCUUUUUGGUGCUUCUGCAGGAAGUGCUUACAACGCAGUUUGGACUAGCUAAUACUGGGAAGCAGCAGAUACAACAUGUUGGCCAUGCCAUUUGGUCAUGGUUAGAACUUUGUCAAAAUGAUUAUGAAACCACUGGUAAUCUUUUCCUUAUUUGUCUAUUGCCUCAACAUUUGGAGCUGGAUCCAAGGUUGCUUUGGCAACCGCCACCUUUGUUGUUUGGGCCAUUGGCAUUGCAUAAAUAUGAGGCGUUUCAACAACUCCGCUCCCUUAGUGCAGAAGUUCUCCUUGAUCAUUGGGAGAUCAAUAUCAUUGGAAAUGCCAUCUACUUCUCCAUGACUUCUUCCAUUGUUGAAUUUGCAAUUAGGAAGCAACUUAAACUCAGACAUCCUUUGCAUGGUUGA